AUGCUUGUCCUACAUUCCGCUGAUACAUUAAAACUUGUCUUGUUACGCUCCGGUGACGUCGAGGCGAAUCCGGGACCUAUGUCUAUCGAUCAGGCCAAGCAGUUUAACGACAUGUUCAAACUCUUGCAAGAUGUAAAUGAACGUACGGUCAAGAAUGACCAAGGCCAAGCUAGCCUAAUUAAGUCUAUUAACGAGUUAAAAAGUAAGCAAGAAUCCGUCGAACUAAAGGUUACCGACAUCCAAAAUCGGCUCGAAGGCGUUGAGUGCAAAGUAGCAACUUUCGAUGCAACCCGGGAAGAACUCUUGGCUGCCGAGGGAUUAAUGCAGUCUGUUAUUAAGGACAACCAAAGACUGCACGAGCGCCUGAACGAUAUUGAGGACCGCUCAAGAAGGAGCAAUAUUAUCUUUCACGGUAUUGAAGAUUCCACCUCUGAAUCUUGGGAACAGUCUAAAGUAAAAAUAUUAGAUAGGUUAUCUACUUCACUUAUUCUGCAAGUUUCUGACGAAUGCGUUGAACGUGCUCACAGGCUUGGCUCGUACGCAGUCGGAGGAUGCAGGCCACUGAUUGUCAAGUUCUCUUCUUUCAAAACAAAACAAACAAUUUUGCAAUCACGACCUAAGCUUAAAGCCUGCGGCAUAACGGCUAAUGAAGAUUUUUCUCCGGCUACGCGCCUAGCAAGACAGAAACUUUUUGAUUUUGGAAGAUUACAAAAGAGCGUCUUCCAACUGCGCUACAAUAAGCUUUACGUGAACAAUAAAUGUUUCAUGUAUGAAAAUGCGAACGACAGGGUGUAUGAAGUUGGAAAUGACAGAAGGCCGGGCAAGAGCAAUUCAAAUACAAGAAGCCCUGGAGGCGAUAAUAAUCAACCUUCCUCAUCGUUGCAAAAUAACGUGGCACCAAACUUAAAUGCCCGCGCAGCAUCUGCCCGAUCUGCCUUGCCCUAACAUAGUGCGAGGGGUAGUGGUUCUUCUUUCGCGCCCGAAAUAAUUACUGUUCUGUUUACUAAUAUCCGAAGUGUCAUGCGAAAUCGCGAUGAUCUAUGCUCUGCCAUUGACUCCACCGGGGCUGAUGUUGUAGUUUUGACAGAAACGUGGCUCUCUAGCAAAAUUCAUGAUAACGAAAUCCUAACUACUAACAAACGGUUCAAAAUUUAUCGCACUGAUAGGGAAGCUCGCCAAGGCGGAGGUGUGUUGAUUGCAGUCGCCGAACAUAUAGAUUCCCUUCAUUUGAAUGUUGCAAGUGAUCUCGAAACAGUCUUUGUUUGCCUUUCCGUGAAUCACAAAAAAUAUAUCUUGGGUGCCUGUUACCGCCCUCCCUCAAGUGACGAUAGCUUUCUGAACAAACUUCAUGACGUAAUCAGUACAGUGACUUUGCGAUCUCCCUCACCAAACGUCAUCCUUCUGGGUGAUUUUAACUAUCCAAAUAUUGUGUGGUCGGCGGAAACAGCUUACUCAAGUCCUUUUUCGUCUGACAGUGACAAAUUCCUCAAUUUAUGUUCGGACUACAAUUUCUCUCAGCUAGUGUCUCGCCCCACCAGAAUUACGCCCUCCUGUGCCUCAGUGCUAGAUCUUGUAUUGUCAACCUUCGCCGACCUUGUUUCUCCUAUUACCUAUCUGCCUGGUUUUAGUGAUCAUUUAUUGCUGCAUUUCACCUUAAAUAUAACCACAAGUCAUUCCCCGAAAAUA